UGGUGGAAAUGUUGUUUUUGGGGAGGGUCGACUUUGAGCUGACAUUGAGAAUGAGAAUCUGUGCUUCAUGUAACAUCUCCGGACGCUCGUGGUAGACGGAGCUGCUCCUCUGUCUCUGACUCUUUCCCACUGUCCUUCAGCACCACAGCAUUGGACAGCACCAGGCAACCAGACCCUCAUUCACCUUUCCCCUCAGGAUAGCUGUUUGCAUCACUUGACUUUAUGGAGACAUUUUGCGCUGGUCUAGACAAGUGAAAUUACAAGUGUUCGUCUUGGAGAGGAACCAACGGACACACCGCCUAAACCGUUCUGGCAGAAAAAAAAAAAAAAAAAAAAAAAAAAAAAAAAAAAAAAAAGAAACAAACCCGGUUCCAGUGUGAGAAGAUCACGGAAUUUGAUUGAUAUAAAAUCCAGAGACGGGAUUUAUUGAUAUUUCAAUGGUUACUUGCGACCCCACCCCCCUACACUUUUAUUUUAUUUUAAUUUUUUAUAAUUUUUAUAGGGAAAAUACACUUGCUUCUAAAUUAUUUAUAAGGUUAAAGCUCAAAAGAAGUGUUUAAAUACACUUCUGCCUAAAAUAUUCGAAUUGAAUUUGUAUGCGCGUAUCAGGCGAAUACUACGCCUACAAAACCUCUACGCACUGUCCGCUGUCACUUGUUUUUAUAUAUUUUAGUCUUCAGUCAGUAUCUUAGUCUAACAGUCGUCUAACACCCAUUUAUACUGCUAGACCGUUCCCGUUGUAAUCAGUGGAGUUUUCUAUAUCGCAAGUUUAAACUGUUUAAUGCGACUUUUUGAGUCCGCGGUUCAGCGCGUCCUCAAGCACUCUCCGUGCGCAAAGUUCUAGACUCCCAGCUUUGUACAUUAUAACCGGAGCUUUCGAGUUUUUUCGCGUCGCUUCUAGUGUAGAUAUAGGCUGUAAUAUAAAUAACAAUUUAACCAGAUUUUUUUAACUGUUGGACAGCAACAAGGCGAAGGAUAUUAUUUGAUCUUCUAAAUGUCACUAAUUUACUUAAAUUCAGUAAUAAGUUAAAAUACGUCUACACUAGUAAAAUAUUAAGAUUCAUGUCGCUGAAGUUUCUGAUUUAUAAAAAUGUUUUUACGCAAUUGAAUAAUUUUAAACUAGCAUACAAAUGGUCUGAAGAAACGCAAUUUAUCCGAUCUUUUUAUGCGCCAGGUGAGUGUCAAGCUUCAUUGGCGUUUUUUACUCUAGUCAUUGGUUAACCGAACCGCGAAGCUGCUCUCUACGUGGACCGGUGCUGAACUCUCCCGUCCGACCGCCAGGCCCAAACCCAGAGACAUGGCCACGAACGGCACAAAAGCCUCCGAUGGACACGUUUUAACAGAGGUGAACGAAUCGCCCACCGCCAAUGACAAACCAAAAACUCUGGUGGUGAAAGUUCAGAAGAAAAAGGAACUUCCUGACAGAGAAACGUGGCAGGGGAAAUUUGACUUUCUUUUGUCUUGUGUUGGCUAUGCGAUUGGACUUGGAAAUGUCUGGAGAUUUCCUUAUCUAUGCGGAAAAAACGGAGGAGGGGCCUUCUUGAUUCCUUACUUUUUGACCCUCAUAUUUGCUGGGGUCCCGUUGUUUCUUCUGGAAACUGCCCUCGGUCAAUAUACAUCCAUUGGUGGUCUUGGCGUGUGGAAACUGGCCCCUAUGUUCAAAGGUGUCGGCCUGGCAGCAGCAGUCCUGUCUUUCUGGCUUAACAUUUACUACAUCGUCAUAAUUGCCUGGGCCAUUUACUAUCUCUAUAACUCAUUCACCACAGAUCUCCCAUGGAAAUCUUGUGACAACCCUUGGAAUACAGAAAAAUGUUUCUCAAACUACAGCAUGGCAAACACCGCCAACAUGACAAGCGCUGUUGUGGAGUUUUGGGAACAUAACAUGCAUCAACUGAGUGAUGGUUUGGAAAAGCCGGGAGAGAUAAGAUUGCCACUAGCAAUAACACUGGCCAUUGCCUGGGUUCUGGUCUAUUUUUGUAUCUGGAAGGGUGUAGGAUGGACUGGAAAGGUAGUAUAUUUCUCUGCCACAUACCCAUACUUUAUGCUAUUUAUUCUUUUCAUCCGUGGAGUGACACUGCCUGGAGCGAAAGAGGGCAUUUUGUUCUAUAUCACGCCGGAGUUCAGCAAGCUGAAAGAAUCAGAGGUGUGGCUUGAUGCAGCCACUCAGAUCUUCUUCUCUUAUGGUCUGGGCCUGGGCUCUCUCAUUGCCCUUGGGAGCUACAACCCUCAUAACAAUAACAUAUACAAAGAUUCUAUCAUCGUCUGCUGCAUCAAUUCCUUCACUAGUAUGUUUGCUGGAUUUGUCAUUUUCUCUAUCGUGGGCUUCAUGGCCCACAUCACAAAGCGGUCCAUAGCUGACGUGGCUGCAUCAGGGCCAGGGCUGGCAUUCUUGGCCUACCCAGAGGCAGUCACCCAGCUGCCAAUCUCACCACUCUGGGCAAUUCUGUUUUUCUCAAUGUUACUUAUGCUUGGCAUUGACAGUCAGUUCUGUACAGUGGAGGGCUUCAUCACUGCUCUCGUGGAUGAGUUCCCUCACUUGCUGCGAGGAAGACGAGAGAUCUUCAUUGCUGUUGUGUGCCUUGUGUCUUAUUUGAUCGGCCUGUCAAACAUCACGCAGGGUGGCCUCUAUGUGUUCAAACUGUUUGACUACUACUCUGCUAGUGGAAUGUGUCUGCUGUUCUUGGUGUUCUUUGAAUGCAUCUCAAUAUCCUGGUUCUAUGGUGUCAAUAAAUUCUAUGGCAACAUUGAGGAGAUGAUUGGAUAUAAGCCGUGUAUUUGGUGGAAGCUGUGCUGGGUUGUAUUCACCCCUUUGAUUGUGGGGGGUGUAUUCCUCUUCAGUGCAUUUCAGAUGGUGCCGCUAACAAUGAAUAAUUAUGUAUUCCCAAAAUGGGGACAAGGUGUAGGAUGGUGCAUGGCCCUGUCCUCCAUGAUUCUUAUACCAGGAUACAUGGGCUACAUGUUCCUCACUCUGAAGGGCUCAUACAAAGAGCGCCUUCGGAUUAUGAUUCAACCCACAACAGUGGUUCGAAGUCAAGAGAACGGGCCCGAACAGCAACCUGAAAACCCCAACCCCGCCAACGACGAGGCCUACAUCUGAAGUCCCCAUCGCCUACCCCAUAUUAUCAAAGGUCAACUUUUAGAGAGAUAAUUAAAAUGUUAUCAUGGUUGAACACAACCAAGGACUUCCAUGUCUGAAAUAUAAUCACCUACCUCCAAGGGAAAACCAACCUGAUAACAUAUUAUUUUUAUUUUUUUGGAACCAUAUACAGUAUAUGAUCCAAAAAAAGUUAUCCAGCAAUGCUCUAGGCUUAAUCUGUAUUUCAUAUGCAAGAUAUCAGUCUUUCAAAAAAAAAAUACCACAGAGUAACCACAGGAUUACUUGUCAAUUAAACGAUAAUUCCAAAUUUGGCAUCCAAUGUAAUUCCAACACCACUGUGUUAAUUUGAUAUUACAUGUAAUUAAUGUAUUAAAAUAUAAAAGUACAACUGUAGAUUAGAAUCAAAUUGUAUUUGAUUGUAUCUAUCUAUCUAGGUGCAUAUCUAUCUAUCUAUCUAUCUAUCUAUCUAUCUAUCUAUCUAUCUAUCUAUCUAUCUAUCUAUCUAUCUAUCUAUCUAUCUAUCUAUCUAUCUAUCUAUCUAUCUAUCCAUCCAUCUAUCCAUCUAUCAUCUGUACGUAUGUAUGUAUACCGAUGAGCCACAACAUUAAAACCACCUACCUAAUAUCGUGUAGGUCCCCCUCAUGCAGCCUAAACAGCGCCAACCUGUAUCUCAGAAUAGCAUUCUGAGAUGCUAUUCUUCUCACCAUGAUUGUACAGAGCGAUUAUCUGACUUACCGUAGACUUUGUCAGUGCGAACCAGUCUGGUCAUUCUCUGUUGACCUCUCUCAUCAACAAGGCAUUUCCAUCCAUAGAACUGUGACUCACUGGAUGUUUUUGUAUCCGUGUAUUUUGUCUGACACCAACAAUAAUCCAUGUGAUUAUCUAAUCAGCCAAUUGUGUGGCAGCAGUGCAGUGCAUAAAAUCAUUCAUAUACAGGUCACGAGCUUCAAUUCAUUUUUGCAUCAGCCAUCAAAAUGGGGAAAAAUGUUGAUCUCAGUGAUUUACACCAUGGCAUGAUUGUUGGUGCCAGAUGGACUGAGUAUUUCUGUAACUGCUGAUCUCCUGGGAUUUUCAUGCAACAACAGUCUCUAGAAUUUACACCAAAUGGGGCCAAAAACAAAACAAAACAAACAAACAAACAAACAAACAAACGAAAAACAUCCAGUGAGCAGCAGUUCUAUGGAUGGAAAUGCUUUGUUGAUGAGAGAGGUCAACCAAGAAUGGCCAGACUGGUUUGACCUCACAAAGUCUACGGUAACUCAGAUAACCACUCUGUACAAUUGGCACUGUUUUGGCAGAAGAAGGGGGACCUACACAAUAUUAGGCAGGUGGUAUAUAUGUGUAUAUGUGAAGGGAGCGAGAAUAUGGAAAUGUGCAACAGGGUGAGAUUGGAUCUUGUGAUCAUUAUCAAGGUUACAAAGCCAGGCUACAAUGACUUUUCAAGACUUUACUGUUUCAGACACCCCUUCUCCCCUUUAGUCAUUGGGAAAACCCUGAAAAGCACAAGACCAGUAUGGAUUUGGGUUUACAGAUUCCCUAAGCAAUGAUGAAUUACCAGUCACAUGGGGCAAAUUGACGUCACAAAAGACUGUUACAAUUUUCUCCUUUAUUUUCUAGAACAAAAAAAGAAAUUUGUAUGUGUUUUUUUUUAAAGAUCAUUUUAGUACAUGUUUUCUGUGUGAGAGUAAGAAGGACCACAUUACUGUGCAUGCUCUAUGACAUGAAAAGUAAUUUUUAGGUCACAGGUACCCCAUGAAACCACUGUUAAUCGUUCUCACCACAUUUGCAUGCCACUCCUCAGGAAAAAUGGCGAAAGUGACCAAAAUGAGCUCUCCUGGAUCAAAAAAGAUUAUAGCUGUGAACAGCCUUCAGCAAAUAAUCAGUUCUGAGCAAAAUCUAUAGUCUGUUGCCAUGGUUUCUAGGGUCAUUUUGUCAGACAUCAUUGACAAACCAGCACUCUGUGUCAAAAAUUUAAUGAACCGAUGUUUCUAAUGAAAAGAUGUCAAGGAAAUUUUCUUUUCUUUUUAAAUACACAGACUAGUUGGGCAAUAAAUAAUUUUAAUUAAAUAAUAUAUGACAGAGAGAGAGAGGCGACUUUCCACUUUUUUAUUUUGGAAUUCUACUGGUGAAAAGCACAAAGCUUUAACUUCACAAGCCACAAAAGUAUCUGAAAAAGAACACUGUUAGUUUGCUUCUAUUGCAUCUACAUGUGAGAGGGAUCUGGAUGAAUUAGUAAAUGUAUUGUCUGCAAGAGGUCUGAUGAAAAUGUGCAAUCAAUAAGCGUUUUCGUUAAAAUGUAUAAAUUUUACAUCAGAUUUCUCUCUGAAACAAUGUUGUAAAACUGUACCUUGUAAAAGUAUCUGUGAAUGUCCAUUUUGAAAUUUUUGUCUUGUUCAAGAACCUUAUAUUAUUUGCUGUUUACUGCAAUAAUGCAUUGAUCUCAGAAACUAAAGCACAUAUCUUUCUGAAAUGUAAAAAAGAGUAGUAAAAUAACAAAUGAAUAACAACAACGGAAGAUUAUAAGAGCAUAGAUAAUAUGUCUAGUCAAACUAAAUAUUGUUUUGUAUAUUUCUAACUGUUUGGGCCUAAUGUAAAAUAUUCGGUGUAAAAAAAUAUAAUAAAUGUAUUGAGAUGAUGUUAUAUAAAAGCAUGACUGCAAUAUGUUAUCAGAUAAAAAUAAAGUAUUAUAGAUUAUAA